AAGGGUUUGUUUUUGUCAACACAACCCAGCGCGCCGUUGUUCCUUGCUUUCCACUGCCGGGAAAGCCUCGUGUGUGCAGCGUUCUCCUGUAUCUGUUGCGGCUAGAAAACUAUUAAGGGAUCGUGUUUUCUUGCAAGGUCAAGUGGACACCUUAACAGAGUUUUUGCCCAAGGAAGCAGUAAUUUGGCGGCGGAAGGCAUGGGUGGGCAGCUUGGCCUGCGGGAGGUGCUGCCCGACCAGUCUGCGCUGCUGCAUUGGAGGAACAUCACCAUUGACACCGGUGCUGCUCAGAGCACACUUCAGGACAUCAAGGUGCCUGAGUAUGGAGGAGGUUAUGCAUUCAGCCCCAUGUGUCCCGCAACCCGCAACAGAUAUCUCUUCUGGCGGGUUUGCCACGACCUGGUGGAGCUGUGGGAGGAGAGUCUGGACCAGGACUUCGCCAACAACCAUGUGCAGCUCAGGUUUGCUGACACACCUGUCUUGGAGGGAUUGAGUGUGCAUGAGACACAGCAGCAUGUGUUCAUCUUGUUGGCUACUGUGUCAUCCGUGCACAGGUUCUGUCUGCCUCACCCCCAGGCCUUCCAGCAGGGAAACAAAGGUCGUCCCCAGUCCAUUCUGAGUGACUUGACUUUCCAGUCUCUGAAGGAUAACCAUCACCUUCACAUCCUCAACAGCAGCACUACAGGGGAAGGCUUACCACACACUGCUGGGACUCACUUUGUUGCCAGUGAGGGUGUGGCAGUGUUUGUGCUGGGCCAGGCGGCAGGUACCCUCACUGUGGUCAGAAUGGUGGACCCUCCCCUCAGUGUCACCACACACACCAUCAAGAACACUUCCAUUGUCAACAGGUUCUUUACUGGCUUCAUUCCGGGCAUGUUCAGGGGAGGAGUGGAAGGCUGUGAGACUGUGAGUAGCAUAGUUGUGGGAGAGGUGGCUGCUGGGGAAGUGGUAGCUGUGGGAGUGUGUCGGGAUGCAAGGGUACGGGCCUGGUGUUGCUCUCGUCUCCAGUGUGUACUGCACCACGAUGCCCUGGAGAACACUGCUGAGGCUGGGAGCAGGCUAACACCUGGAGCCCAGCGUCACCAGGUGAGGAAGACAGGAGAGGGGGAGAACUCUCUGGUGGCAGUGUUCCUCACCUUCAAUGAAAAGCACUUGUUGCUGCUAUAUCAACCCAGCAUGGUGCAGGGACAGCUCUCCCUUACCCACCUCAAGACACUCUACCCACCCCAGUAUGACCUGGUGGACAUGAGCCUCACACCAGACUACCUGUGGACUCUAUGGACAGACUCCUCCAACGAAACACAGCUGCUGUAUGCUGCAGUAGAGGGUGGGGAGGAUGGGCAGCAGGAGCCUCCGGGAUUGUGCUCUGUAGUCCUGGAGCCCAUGCCAGAGAAAGAGGUACCCAUCACUGAUCCCUUCCUGGACCUGCGGGAGGUGUACCUUCGUGAACUUUUUGUGCCAAAUCGCUUCUCGGCUCACACUCUACGCAAGGCCUUGGGGAUCUACCGGCGAAGUAUUGAUCUAGCCAGUCUGGGAGACCGUGGAAUGGCAAGACUACAAGAGGAGGUUGAGGCAGCCCUGCGGGAUGAGGUGGAGGCUAGAGUGACUUCAGCACUCUCUGAGGAAGAGGUGAUGCAGGUGACUCAUGAAGUCUGGGCCACCUUCUACUCACACACCCUCCAGUACCACCAGGUUGGUCAGAAGCCUGUGGGUGUGGUUGGAGGAGUUGGUGUGGUGCGGAAACAAGUUGUGUCCUGGGUAAGACCAGUGGAUGUUGUGGAGGUGAUGGUGCUUCUGCCGUUAGAAGAAGUGCAAGUAGGAAUGCUGGCUGCUGUUGUAGGGGAGGACACUGCAAGUGGCCUAGUCAGCUUAGCACGCCCUCUACGCCUGCUACAUCAGGCACUACCAACGGAGCAGGCAGCUGCCUUUUCCCUUGACCUGUACCACCUGCAGCCUCCUGACUGCCUUGCAGAGGCUCUUGCUUCUUCUCUUUUAGCCCAUGACCCUGCCCUUUCAGCAGCCCUAACCCGUCAUCUUGCCAGCCUCCCUGGCAUUGUGUCUGCCCUCUGGGCCUACCUUCAUGCCUUGCAGUUAGACCUUGGACUUCCAGAUGCACUGGCUCAGGGAGAUAAUGGAGCAUGCCCUGGGGGUGCAGCUGCAGGGCUGUUGGCAGGCCGGACAGGAGCUGCUGUUGUAGGUGCAGUUGUGGGACAGGUGGCCCAUGUGAGAUUCCAGUUGUGUCGAGAGUUGCUGGUAUUACAGCAAGCUGCUCUGCAGUUGCCACAGUCUUGCCUCUCUGUAGAUGCAUCUGCCACCAUUAGAUCCACUCUGCUCCCCAAGACAGCACUCCUCACCCAGGCCUACUUGGCCUUGCUACAUCUGGCUACAGCUCCUGCCGAGCGCCCUGCCCAGGCUACCUUGGAGACUGCCCGUCGUCAGUUGGCUGUCCUCACGUUGGGUUCUGGUCCUUCCCUUCCCACUCAAGCCCGCCCUGCUACUGUGCUUGAACUGUUUUUCCUAGGGAAUGGUGGGGAUGAGGCACGGGCUCUUGCCUGGCCAGCUAUAGAACAGGUGUGGGGUCUUGCUCCUGGCUGGGCUGCAUUGGUCAUGCCUUUGGCAAUAACACUAGCACAGCUGGCCUGGCCCAUCAGUCGCUGUCUUCUUCUGCUAGAAUGGAUGGUGUGGGCUGGCCAGCAUGCAGCAGUGCAGCAGUACGUGCGCCUCCUUCAGCCAUGGUGUGAAUGGAACAGCUUUUCUCGCAAGUUCCUACUGGGGGUGUCGUUGCUUAAUCAGGGAGAGGCAGGGAAGGCAGCCCAGCUCUUGGUUGGAGCCAUGGAAGGGGUACUGACAGAAGACUUUCUGGGGGUACGAGUGGCUGGUGGAGCUCCAGACACACUUCCUGAUCAGCUGCGCAUCACAUAUUGUCUGAGGGUGGUACGUCUGCUGGAGCAGGCUGGACAGCCAGCAUUGGCCCUUCAUGUAGCCCAGCAGGGAGUGGCUGUGGCAGCUCCCCAGGAGCCUGCCCUGGCUGCCCUUUAUUCUGUGGUGUUCAAGCAUGAACUGGACCUCCACCAUCAUGAUGAAGCUUUCACUGCCCUGUUGGCCUGUCCUGAUACCCAGCGUCGUCGGGACUGUCUGCGCCAGCUGGUGGUGGCCCUCCAUGACCGCAGAUGCCUGGCCACCCUGGUAGGCUACCAGUAUGGAGGCCUGGAGGGGGAAGUGGUCACCAUCCUGGAGAAUCGGGCACGCUCUGCAGACAUCCUCCUCAACAAUUACUACCACAUCCUUCAUGCCUUCCAUGUAUCUAAGCAUAACUACAAAAAAGCUGCAAGUGUGAUGUAUGAGUGUGCGCUGCGCCUCAAUAUAGAAGGUGUUGGGGAAAAGGGAGUGAGGCAGCAGGGGAAGUGUUACCUGGCAUGCCUCAACUGUCUCAGACACAUCCCAGAGCAAGAGGCUUGGAUAGUGAGGCCUCUGGUCACUCAGCCUUCUGAAGAUCCAUCAAGCUUAUCAAGUAAAGGUGAGGGAAUAAGUCCCAAAAGAAGCAAUGAAGGUGAACCACUGGCUCCUUCACUGCCUCGCUGCCGCCCCCAAGUCAAGGUUUUGGAACUCACCCACAUUCAGCGCGAGUAUGAAUUGGUCCAUGCUCGCCUUUUGUUACUCAAGACAUUGCCUGAUGUUCCUCUCUCUGGAGGUCCUUUAAAUGCUGCUGACACAAUCAGCCUAUUGACACAUGCCAAACUGUUCCGUGAGGCUGUGCGGCUUGCAAGGUUGUUUGAGCAGCCAGUGGACCCAGUACUGAAGGGUCUGGCUCACACUUGUCUCCAUCCUCCCUUGGUGCGCCCAACCACACUAGAGGAUACCAGCAGAGAGGGAGGUGAUAAGGAUGUAUGGUGGAAGACACUAAAGCAACUAUUGGAGCAGGAGGAAAAAGGCAAUCAGUCAGUGCUUCAUUAUGCUGUUGCCUCCACACUCCUGCAGUACUUAACAUUAUUACCAGCAUGGCUAGUAAACUCAUACAAGGCACGCAACUGUGGUGAGCUUCUGCGUCUUUACGUUAGCCAUGGCCUCCUGGAGGAUGCAGUGCGACUUGCCAUGCAGUACAUUGAUGGGGUGUUAGGACAGGGCACUCAACAGGUUGGAUUGAGCACAGCAUUGCAUGCUGCAGCUCCCCCAGUGUGGCUGCCCUACACUGCCUUGGACAAGUUACUGCUGGAGCUUAGUGAGGUUCAGCACAACCAUCAAUACAGGAAGCUGUGGGAAGAUUUGCUGCAGAAACUAGAAGUUUACAAACAAGAACUGGUGCAAGUCUCUCACAGUCGAGCUGUUUUCCUUCAGGGAUGAGACUUUCUUGUAUUGUGUCAUAUAACACAGCAAUGCAUCAAGAGGAUGCUGAAUUUUUUAUAAAACAAAAUAUUUCAAAAGAACUGAGGCACCAGAAACAAGGUGUAGCUGUGACACCAAAGUUCAAGAUUUAUGUAAUGUUUCAAAGAUUAAGUGUUUUGAAGUAAGUUUUUUAUCUUAGUUUUAUUAAGGUGAAUUUGAUGUACUGUUUUAAUAAAGAAAUAAAAUAUC